AUGCGCCCCAGCAUUCUCCGCAAUUUGGCAACAGUCACCGGCGCACCACCAGCGCGACUGACCAUCUUCCAUCCCUCCACAUCAUGGACCACCCAACUACCACGACAUAACACCCCGACUCCCCCCUCGCGAUCUUUCUCCCAAUCUCUCGCGACAACCUCCUCCUUCUUCCGCCUAACCUCCAAACCCACCACCGACACCACACACACAGUCACAGCCGCACCCGCACCCGUACCCGUAUCCCCCUUCUCUCCCGACACCGACGAUGUCCUCCCGGACUAUAGCGCCUACAAGCCCAAGCGCCAAUGGCCCCCGGACAUGUCGAAGCUCUCGCCGAAGCACCAGUUCCGGCUCGAGCGCAAGUACCGGCGCCGCGCGGCGCUGAAAUACGCGCGGCCCAAGUGGAUGAAGAUGACCAAGUUGGCGCAGUGGGGGAUUAUCGGAUUUGUUUUGAUAUAUGCGUUGUUGUUCAUGGAGUGGGAUGAGAGGGGGAGUCCGGUGGAAGAGAUUCGACGGGCGUUCUUCUCGGGUCUCAAGGAGACGUUUUCUACCCCACCGCCUCCUCGUCCGGUGAGAAGGGCGGAUGAUACUGCUCGGGAGUAG